AUGGUGCUGGUCAGGGCGUGGGUGAAGGGGGAGCUGGAAGGCAUCCUGCAGGUCGGCAUGAACGCGCCGCCCGUUACGUCUCGACGAAUUCGCACUCGCCGGCAGCACGUCCAGUGCGUCGAGGUCAACGAGGGGUGCAGCGGGCUGAAGAUCAAUGACGGGGAGACCAUGGUGUGGUGUUUCGUCACCAAGCAGGGCAUGGAAAAGUUCCUCUUGGACGGAAAGAACCCGACCUUCGCCAGCCUGAACAACAAGACCAUCACCAUCGACGACUGGGAGUUCUCGUCGAUAAACGUGCUGUGUCCGACCUUCGACGAGAAGAAGGCGAAAGCCAAUGGCCAUAUCUGUAUCCUGAUCAACAAGUUUGCGCUGUUCGGCGGCGAGCGUACCACCACGAUCGGGAAGCCGACGGACCUCGGGGAGGGGAACCGAGAGCUUCGCGCCAUCUGGCGCGCCCUUUCCAACCCCAAAGACCUGGUGCGAGCCCUGGCGCGCGGCCAAGGGCUGACCGACCUACGAGACAUUGACGGGGUGGUGAUGAAUGCUCCAGACCCGGAGUUGCAGGGGCUCUCUUGGGGAGACGUAGAGCCGGCGCUCAUGGUGAUUCCGACGACGGUGUCGCCGCCACCGCCGAGCAGCCAGCCACAGCCCAAGGAACCCGUCGGGACCUCAGCGGGGGGGAUGCGGUCACCGGCGGCAGACCGUGGCAGUAACGGUGGCGGCGGCGGUGGCGGAGGAGAAGAGUCUCUCCUCGACAUGACGCAACAAAGCCUCGGGAUGGACUACGACGAUGGCGACUUCGGGGGAGGGGAUGGCGACUUCCACACCCAAGCGCCGUCCGCUGGAAACGUAUUCAGCCAGGAAGAAAUGGACAUGCUCCCGGCGUCGCCGACCCCUUCGUCGCCGCCGCCCUCGCCGGGGACACGUGGCGGCGGCGGCGGCGGCGGUGGUGGUGCUGCUGGGAGAGCGGCAGUGGCAUCGGACGGUGGGCGGGCAGGCUCGACGAGAGAAGAAACUGUUGCAGGAUCGCCGGACGUCGUGCCGCACCUCGUCGGGGGGGACAACGCGGACGAGGACGAGCCACUCGGGCAGGGGGGUGGCGGGCAGGGGGCGCGAGCGGCACGCACUGGUGGCAACGAGGCCGCAGGUAACCGGACAGCUGCUAACGGAAACCAGCCAGCAGCAGCGGCAGCAGCAGGAGGGAAUGGCAAGAGGAAGCGAGAGCAGCAGCAGGAGGAGGGAGAAGAGGAGGAGGAGGAGGAAGAGGAAGGUACGGACCCGAUCCCAGUUGGGUUCACCCAACUGGACGUUGCGCCCAGGGACGGGGCGUUGGAGCUAUCGGAGCCGCGACAAAACGGAGGAGAGAAGGACAACGGCGACGAGGAGGUGGAGAAGGAGAAGGAAGAGGAGGAGGAGGAGGAGGAGGAGGAGGAGGAGGAAGAACGAAUAGGAGGAUCGCGUCGAACAGCCCCGGCUGCGCGUGCAGCAGCGGGCUGGGCCUGA